UUUCAGAUGACCUCUGCAGCAGCGGAAACUACACAGCAGAAAUGAGGCUGAAGAUGGGAAGAAUUCUGGAGCCCGGUGAUGUGGUGCCAGUCCAAGGAAACCUUCGAGUGAUUAUCAAUCUGAAGACAAACAACAGUCAGAUAAACCUUGGUGUCACCUCCUGUUGCCUGUCACCAAUACUUCAGCCGGAUGUCACCAACUCUACCUGCAGCCUUUUUUCCAGGCCAGCAGCCGAGCUGUCGGGGAUCACACUGCUGCCCAGCGCCUUGUCAACUAGUGCCAGCUUCACCAUCAGUCUCUUUCAAAUGAUUAAUUACUCAGUGGUGUACCUACACUGUGAUAUCAGUGUCUGCCUGAGGAACCACUUUGACUGUGAAAGGCAAUGCCUUCAGAGGCGGAAUGCAUUUCCUUCUGAAGACGCAGGCACGGUCGUGGCCAAUCGCAUAUCCUUUGGGCCCAUGUUGAAACAAGCAAACAAUUCAACCUUCCCCACAGAGAUAGAUCCAUCAGAACUGGACCUGGUUUUGGUCUUCAUCAGCCUGGCGAUUGGCUUCUCUCUCAUCUCUGUGAUGCUGCUGCUGGUGUGGCUGGACUACCAUCGGCGGGCCAUCUGGCUGCUCCGCUCUGCAGCUCCAUUGCAGGCCUGUUGCAGCUGCCUACGCCCAGGAGGCGACUUGAUCUUACCGUGACCAAGGAGGAACUGCUGCCAAUUAUGCUGAUCAAAUCCCCACCAAAAUAGCUGCAAACAAUUACAUUAGUCAACAGACAGAGGGGCAGUCAAUCAUAUUAGGUGCAGAGCAGAAGUGGCCAGUCUCGCCACCAGGCAUAGAACAGAAUGGACAAUGAGGUGCAAUCCAAUUCACACCUUCUCACACAGGUGACACAGCUGUUGCAGUCAGAUUUCACACUUAACCAUGAAAAGUCUAUUAUCAUCCACUGAAAAUAAACACCAUCCCUAAAUAGAAAAGCUGCUCUGAUCCCUUCCCUCACUGGCUAGAAAUCAAUAGGCCUCAUAUAACACUGGAUGAAUGGAUAACUUGUUGAUAAUAGUUCAAUAUGAUGUAUGCAUUAGUGCUUUAAAGUCUUUAUUGAGUUUCUUUGACAAAGCAUUUAGGAAAAAUGUCACUUUGAGCUUAACUUUUACUGCAAUGCUUCUGUAAUGUUUGCUUUUGCAUCCUCAUGUCGUAAUAAGUAAUAACACAAGUGAUAUAGAUGUUCAUCGAUUGUGUACACAGGCAACAAAUGACUGGAUC